GGGAGGGAGGAACCGCGUCGCGUGGACCAGUCCGCCCGCCAUUGACCUCCUCUCCCUCCCCCCCAAACCUCGCCCCCGCCAUGGCCGCCGCGACGGCCGCCGCCGAGAUCGCCGCGCUGCCGGAGCCACGCGGCCCGCUGCGCCGCCUCUGCGGCGACCUCUCCCGCCGCGUCCGCCUCCUCGCCCCGCUCCUCGACGACCCCUCCGCCUCCGCCUCGCCCCCGCUCGCCGACGCCCUCCGCGCCGCCCGCGACCUCCUCCACUCCGUCCACCACGGCAGCAAGAUCUACCAGGCCAUGCGAGGCCGGGACAGCCUCCUCCGCGAAUUCGCCGCCGUCAACGAGCAGAUCCAGGCCGCGCUCGACCAGCUGCCCUACAACGACUUCGACAUGCCCGAGGAGGUGCAGGAGCAGGUGGCGCUGGUGCACUCGCAGUUCAAGCGGGCGGCGACGAGGGCCGAGCCGGCCGACGCGCAGCUCGCCAGGGACCUCGCCUGGGCGCUCAGCGACGACAAGCCCACCGUGCCGGCCCUCCUCAUGAGGGUCUCCGAGAAGCUGCAGCUCGAGACCAUGGCUGACAUGAAGCGCGAGUCCGUGGCGCUGCACGAGAUGGUCAUCUCCAGCGGCGGCGAGCCCGAAGGCUGUGUCGACGAGAUGUCCUCCCUGCUCAAGAAGCUCAAGGACUGUGUCAUCGCCCAGGCCCCCUCCGCCGAGGGUCCCGGUGUGGGCAGGUCUCCCUCCGUGAAGUCCCCCAUCAUCCCAGACGAGUUCAGAUGCCCCAUUUCGCUCGAGCUGAUGCAGGACCCCGUCAUCGUCUCCAGCGGCCAGACGUACGAGCGGUCCUGCAUCCAGAAGUGGCUUGAUUCUGGGCACAAGACCUGCCCCAAGACGCAGCUGGCCCUCACGCAUACUUCCCUCACCCCAAACUUUGUCCUCAAAAGCCUGAUAGCGCAGUGGUGCGAAGCCAAUGGCAUUGAGCUUCCCAAGAACAAAGCCAACUCCCAUGACAAGAAAGCGGUCAAAAGCUCCGACUAUGACAAUGCUGGUCUCAUCUCGCUGAUGAAUAGGCUGCGGGGUGGGAACCAGGACGAGCAACGGGCAGCUGCGGGGGAGAUCCGGUUGCUUGCCAAGAGAAACGUGAACAACCGGAUAUGCAUCGCUGAAGCAGGGGCCAUUCCGCUGCUGGUCAAUCUGCUCUCCUCUUCCGAUCCAAGAACGCAGGAACACGCCGUCACGGCACUCCUUAACCUCUCCAUCCAUGAGAACAACAAGGCAAGCAUCGUGGAUUCCAAUGCCAUCCCUAAGAUAGUGGAAGUGCUAAAAACUGGGAGUAUGGAAGCCAGAGAGAAUGCCGCGGCCACGCUGUUUAGCCUGUCAGUUGUGGAUGAAAAUAAAGUCACUAUCGGCGCUGCUGGUGCGAUACCUCCGCUCAUCAAUCUUCUGUGCGACGGGAGCCCAAGAGGCAAGAAAGAUGCGGCAACGGCAAUUUUCAACCUGUGCAUAUAUCAGGGCAAUAAGGUCCGGGCGGUGAAAGCUGGAAUCAUCACCCAUCUGAUGAACUUCUUGGUGGAUCCCACUGGGGGAAUGAUUGACGAGGCGCUCACUCUUUUGUCGAUUCUUGCCGGUAAUCAAGAAGGCAAGUCUGUAAUUACACAAUCAGAGCCAAUGCCUCCACUAGUCGAGGUGAUCAAAACUGGCUCUCCUCGCAACAGGGAGAACGCGGCAGCCAUUCUUUGGUCUCUCUGUUCUGCUGAUGCUGAACAAACCAUGGCUGCAAAGGCAGCUGGAGGGGAAGAUGCACUCAAGGAGCUGUCAGAAACCGGCACAGACCGCGCAAAAAGGAAAGCUUCUAGCUUACUUGAACUCAUGCGCCAAUCAGAAGAGGCAUGAAUCGGGCAACAUAGAUUUGUUCAAACGCGAGGUUUUGUCCUGGCUAUAGCCAAUUGUACACACGAAUACUUAAUUGCUUCUGAAUAGUGUUGACUUUUGAUAUGGUUGUAUCUAGGGAGGUCUGCUCAGAAUUUUCUGUAAACACAUAAAUGGUUGUAUACUAUUGUAACUCAAAAAAAGUUGUAUUUCUUGAUAAGAAGAUAAUAAAUAAUUUCCUGUGUGGUUUA